AUGCAGAACAAGGCAGAGAAAGACGAGGCGAGCAUCAUUGCACUGGACGCUCAUAGCGAUACGAAGGGCGAGAUACACAAUGCUGAUGACAUGAGGCUCCAGCAAAUGGGUCACACCCAAGAGCUCUCUCGACACUUCAGUGUGCUAAGUCUCAUUGGUCUGGCCUCGACGUGUACCAUUUCCUGGACGGGACUCGGCCUGGGUCUUGCGACUGAGAUCGGAGCUGGAGGACCAGGAGCUGUGAUAUACGGAUUCAUCCUUAUUGCCUUGUUACAAUCAUUCCUGGGCGCAUCGCUGGCUGAAUUCGUGUCCUCUUACCCAACAAGCGGCGGAAUGUACCAUUGGAUCGCUGCCGUCGCACCAGAGAGAUUGAGAGGCUUCCUCAGUUUUCAAACCGGAUUCUUUACGUGCUUCGGCUGGAUCUUUACCACGGCCUCGACCAACCUGAUUUAUGCGCAGAACUUCAUGGCGCUUGUUGCUCUCUACCAUGCGGAUAUGACGAUCAAAACAUGGCAGACCUUCUUGGUCUACCAAAUCCUGAAUCUCGUCACCGCUGCCACGGUCAUGUAUGGAAACCGGAUCAUCCCUGCUCUCAAUAAGUUCUCGCUCGUCUACCUCCAGAUAGGCUGGUUUGUUGUGAUGGUCACAGUUGUAGCUUGCGCUCCAAAACACCAGAAUUCAGAGUUUGUUUUCCGGACAUGGAUCAACAACACCGGAUGGGAAAACCAGGUUAUCUGCUUCAUCACUGGUCUUGUCAAUCCUCUGUAUUCCCUUGGGGGACUGGAUGGGAUUACCCACCUGACGGAAGAAAUGCCAAAUCCAUCUAGGAACGCGCCCCUCGCGAUUGCAAUAACUCUUGGUAUUGCCUUUGUCACAGGUAUAACUUACCUCAUCGCCCUUAUGUUCUCUGUUCAGGACUAUGCCGCCUUGUCAAGUACGAACACUGGACUGCCUCUUGCAGAGCUCUUCCGACAAGUCACGAGUAAUGAGGGCGGAGCUUUUGGCUUGACUUUUAUCCUCUUCGUUGCACUAGGUCCGUGUGUGGUAUCUUCACAACUCUCGACAGGUCGCAUGUUCUGGGCCUUCUCGCGUGACGGCGCACUACCGUUCUCGAAGACCUGGUCGAAAGUCAACCAUCGCUUGCAAAUGCCCAUGAACGCCCAAUUUGCAGUCACAGCUAUUGUCGCUGCACUUGGAUGUCUGUAUCUUGGAUCAAGCACUGCUUUCAACUCUUUGCUUGGCUCAGCUGUUACCAUCAACAAUUGCGCAUAUCUCGUCCCAAUCUUGACCAAUCUUUUGACUGGAAGAAGGAACAUGUACAAAGGUGUGUUUCACAUGUCUGGAUACAAAGGGUUCGUUGUCAAUAUUGUCACUGUCUGCUGGUUGACCUUUGCAAUCGUCUUUUUCUCAUUCCCAUACUACAAGCCCGUCACUGCUGCAAACAUGAAUUAUACAUGCUUAGUAGUUGGAGGCCUUACUCUGUUCCAGUUGCUGUGGUAUAUCAAGGUCAGAGGUCGUUAUAACGAGCGCGUUCAACGAGCAAAAGAAGAAUAA